GCCGUCAGCUGUGCGAUGACAGGCAGUGGUGCCGCUAAUGUUUAUUUUGUUUAAACUAAGUGCUAAAAAUAAUUACACUUAUUAAUAGUGAACUAUAGUUAUUCAGUGAUUUAUACUGUGGUUUUGAAUUAUUUUCAUAAUGGGAGAUAUAGAGAAACUUUUAAAACAAGCUGCAAUGCAAAUUGGGGCUGGGGGAAGUGCAGGAUUUGUGGAAGUUUGUAUAAUGCAUCCUUUGGAUCUUGUUAAGACGAGGCUGCAACUGCAGGCAACAACUACAGCUAUAAAGAGCUCUGAUCCUCACUACUACAGAGGUGUAUUCGACUGUUUAAAGAAGAUGUACAAAUAUGAGGGAGUGACUUCUUUCUGGAAAGGUAUCCUGCCUCCAAUCCUGGCUGAAACUCCUAAGCGUGCAACAAAGUUUGUGACAUUUGAGCAAACCAAAAGGUUUUUCAUGUUUGGUUCCAGCACACCUACACCUUUAACCUUUGCUUUAGCUGGCCUCAGCGCUGGCGUCACAGAAGGAAUAUUAGUAAACCCAUUCGAAGUUGUCAAGGUCACGCUUCAAUCUAACAAGUCUCAUGCCACACACAUCCCUAGCACUUGGUCCGUAACGAGGCAAAUAGUUCGAGAAAAUGGGCUCGGAUUCAAAGGACUUAACAAAGGCAUAACAGCUACUAUUAUGAGAAACGGCGUAUUCAAUAUGGUUUAUUUCGGAUUCUACCAUAGCGUCAAAGGUUAUGUCCCUGAAUACGAAGAUCCCGUUUUGGAAUUCGGUCGCAAGAUUGCCAUCGGUUUCACGUCUGGCGUGCUCGGGUCUUGUGUGAACAUUCCCUUCGAUGUCGCGAAGAGUCGCAUCCAGGGUCCGCAGCCGGUCCCGGGAGUGGUCAAGUACAGGUCUACUACAGGGGCAAUAGUAAUGGUGUAUAGAGAAGAAGGAUUCAGAGCCUUGUACAAAGGACUGGUGCCGAAGGUGAUGCGUCUAGGCCCCGGUGGCGCUAUCAUGCUUGUUGUUUACGACUAUGUAUAUCAUUACUUAGACAAUAGAUUUAAGUAACAAUAACAAGUAACUUAGGUAUAUGACGCGUUGUGUAACCACUUUAUUGUAUGAUAAAGUAAAUUUGUA